GACUCUGGCUCGUCAUAAUAUAUAAAUAAAUGUACUUGUCUCAGAAUCGCUGCCGCGACUCUAAAUAGUUCGGUACGUACUGAAGUGACACUAUUUUUCCGCAAAAACGAAAGAACUAAUUCUCUUCUGAGCAAAUAAAAUCGCUUUUAUCGAUUCUCUACUCAGAGCGCUGUUGCGUUCGAAUUAUAGAAUUACAAUAAUACUAUUUAUAUAUAUAGCGCAUGCUCUCAUUCUCUAGUUUGAGUUUUGAGGUUAGAUGUCUAGUACAUCAAUAAGCGCACAUGGCCAUGGCACUUGGUGACUUGGUUGUGUAAAUUGUUGUAUGCUUGUCGAGUUGAACAAUUUUAAAUUGAGAUGUCCUAUAAGAAAGAUUUCGAUGUGUUCGUGGGAGGAAAAUCAGGGGUUUUUAAAGGAAUAAAAAUCGACAAAAAAGCAUGUAUAACAAAGAAUAUACAAAGUUUAAUGUCCAUACGAGCGGAACAUGAAGUAACCUCAAUGACAUGGGCCGAUGAGACUGAAAAGGAAAUUUUACUCGCCUGUGGAUCUACAGGAGAUAGGAGUGUUAAAAUUUACGAUACGGAAAAUGGUGCUUUUACAACCUCCUUCGUUUGCGACAUUGGUAAAGGAAAUAUCAAAGGACUCGCACGAUAUGAUGACGCUAUCAUAACCGCUGUGGAAUCAGGUCACAUAAAAUUAUGGAGAUUCGAAGGUGAAAACGAACCUUCAAUGGAAACAGGUGAAAAUUUAGAAAGAAUGAGACAAUCUCCUGUAAAUAAAAAUAUCAUUGCCACAGGAGGCAAGGAACACAAGCUGCAAUUGUUUGAUUUGGAAAAACAAGUAAGAGUUUUUGAGGAAAAAAAUGUUCGGCAUGACUGGCUGGAACUCAAAGUACCCCUGUGGAUUUCAGACAUUGGAUUCUUUCCUCAUACAUCAAGAAUUGUUACGAGCAGCAGAUAUGGCCAUAUUCGUCUAUACGAUCAUAUAGCUCAGAGACGACCCGUGAUAAAUUUGGAACUGAAAGAUGAAGCCUUAACGACACUCGCUAUUGCUUCGAGAGAUGAGCAUAUCGUUGUUGGAUCUGGAAAAGGCAUUAUGAAGCUGGUCGAUUUACGCAAACCCGGAAAAAUUUUGAAUACGUACAAAGAUUUUGUCGGUAGUAUAACGUCAGUAGCUUGCUCUAAAACAAAACCAUACAUUGUAAGCGUCGCUCUUGAUCGAUAUCUCCGUAUACACCAUUUAGAUACCAAAGCGCUUUUAAAAAAGAUGUAUCUAACGUCUCGUUUGAGCUCCAUGGUCUUGCGUUCUAAUUUUUCGAUGGACGACGAGGACGAAGGGAAAAUCGAAUCGAAAGAACGAGCUAGUAAACGAUCGCAAAUCGAGAUGGAAAACGAUGAUGAUCUCUGCAUAACUGACGAUGAAAGAAACGGUGAUGUGGAAUAUGAUGAGAUGUUUGACAAAAUGGACGUUAUAGAGAAUGAAGAGAAUGAGGCCAAUUUAGAGGAGAACAACGGCAACCAGGGUAAAACGAAAAAAGCAAAACUGCUAAGUGAUAAGCGUACGAAAAAACUGACGGAUGGGAGUCGUAAAAGAUUAAAGGGACGGAACACUAUAGGGAAGAAAGUUUUGUGAAACCUUGCACAAAAACCAAUUCCAUAGCUCCUGAUCGUGUUCACCAGGUUGCUGAUUAACUAUUACAAUGAUUUCAGAUUUUUAGUAUGUGAAUAAAACUGUUGAAAGUAA